AUGUGCCCCACGGCUCCACCUCCCACCCGAUGUCGCCCUUGUUGGGCACGAACUCGUGGAAGUCGCCGGCCGCGUGCAGCCCGAUCAGGCCCACGUCCUCCUCCAGCCCCGGCACGAGGCGGACCCCACGCCGGGCACCUGUGGGGCGGCGUGGGGGGGGACCCAUGCCCACGGUGUGUGGAGUGUGGGCACCUGGAGCAGACGGUGGGGCCAGCCAAACAGCCUGGUGCAUGCCGCUCAUCGGCCACGGGGGGUGGCAAUCGGGAAAUAAAUGGGAGGCACACGAGGCCUGCUGUCAUCAGGAGCGACGAAUGCAAGGGAGCAGGCAAGCUUCCCCCGCCCCGCACUCACAGACGGCUGUGA